UAACCCAACAGUACACACACACACACACACAAACACAAGCUCACAUUUGAUCCGACCAGUAGGCCACUGGCGUCACAGUGAUUUUCUUAACAAUUCAAUGACUGGAGUAUAUAUAUAUAACAUUCAAAGGAUAUCUGUGUAGUUCUACUGGACCUGGAGAUUUUGGAAUUUUUUGAGAUGACUGGUGAACUGUAGUCGGAGAGAGAAACAGCAUCCUCUGUAGGGCCUGUAGUUAACACAAUACUGACAAAACGAAGGGCAACGACAUACAUGAACACUUUCGCCGGUUUGUGGUAAAAUGCGGUUGUCGGAUAAUGAAAAGAUUCAGUCCAAGCGGCCAACACUAUCCUGACCCGUCCAAGCCCCCAGAAAACGGGCCCGAGGAAAUAAACGCUGACAAUAUCAACGAUGGAAGUAAGAAAGUGAAAACGUCACAGUCAUUUGAAUCCCUUUUUGACAACGAAACUUUGAGUGAUGUCAUUCUUAACGUUAACGAUGGCCAAUUUGUGUUCAAUGGCCAUAAGAUGAUAUUGGGAAUGAAAAGUGAUACAUUAGCAGCUUUAUUAAACGAAACAAGUGGUUUGGAUUCGGACGAAAAGCCGGUGUUGUGCCUGCACGAGUCUAUCGAGUGUAGCCUCGUAUUUAGUCGUUUUCUUUAUUUCAUAUACAGCGGAGCUGUUUGGCUUCAUCGUGAUUACGUACUCCCACUUCACAAGCUGGCGGCGAAAUACUCCGUCAAGUCCCUUGUACAUCAUUGUCAGAGUUAUGUGACACAAAUACUUCACAAUAUGAUGGGAGUUUAUGAAAACAUUCGUGGAUUCCAAGUCGAGGUUGUCUGUGAUCUUUAUGAGUGCAACUUAUUCCCAGAGGACAUUAGGAAUUUAUCAUUCAAAGUCUUGUGUGCCAAAUUCAAAGAGCUUGUGCAGUGUGACAGGUGGCAAAACUGCAGCUGGCAACUCGUAUGUGACCUUAUCCGUUCGGAUGACUGCAUGGCUGAGGAAAACUUAAUCCUCACCUCCGCGACGGACUGGAUGAAGAAGAAUAACCUAAGUGACAAGACACUUAUUGAGGAUAUCCUUGUUAACAUACGGUAUCCAUUUCUUCACAGACGCAUUUUGUACCAACUUCAAAAGAACGGAGCGUUCAAAAACUUUCCCCAGGUUCAGGUUUUGGUUAAUAAUGCAGUGCAUUAUCACUGUUUUAAAGAUUUGGCCGAGGCAAAAGACGAAUUCGUAGGAUUGCAGUAUACGCCGCGCCAUUAUCAAUCCCGAUCGUUUACCCCCAGUGUUCUUUCUAGUCGUGCCCAGUCAACCGACCAGAUUUCAAACCUUCAUCACCUUCAAUCGAACAUGGUCAACGGCACCAUGCCAUCUAAUCAACUGUCGCACUCGAACCUGGAGCAAAACAUUCUCAACCACAGUGUUCUUGUUCAGAGCCUAAAUCAACCGGUGAGUUUCGUUCAAAACCUAACUUCUUCCCAACUUGUGCAAAGCGUACGGCCAAAUGUGAUUCGUAACACGGAACCAGUAACAGUUUCCAUGACUCCGGGAGUAAUUCCGUCCUCCGUUGUUUUAAACGGUAACAACAUGUCUCAUAGCCACAGCGACUCUCGAAAUUCGACAGUGGCAAGUGCUCUUGGUCCUGUGACAUCAUCAGUGACGCCUAAUAUGCCCCCUGCAAUGAAUCUAGUGCAAAACCUUGUGUCUAAUACUGCUUUCGGGAACCCUGGCUCAAAGAUGGGAGAAGCUCAUCACGCUGGUUAUAGGUGAUGGGGACGGAUGUGUUUUUGAUCUGUUUAACCUUAAAGUCACCUUACGGAAAUGUUGACAAGAUUUCAGUGCUUAAAAUACUCACAGAAAAUCACAAGUAUCGAAAUAACAUCAAACUCCUGUACAUUUUAUGAGGAAUUUCAUUUUGAUAACCAUUUUCUAUAUAAAGUGCUUACAUUAAAGGCCUAAUAAAUCAACAUUAUAGCACCCCUGUGAAUUUCUUGAAGGAUUUCUUGAAGGAUUUCUUGAAGGAUUUCUUGAAGGAUUUCUUCAUUUUAAAUGAACACAAUAUAUCUGGCUGGUGUUUUUUGAAGCAUUUUGUUUUGUUUACAUUCAUGGAUUACAAUAAAAAUACUUUUAUUGAAGGAUUUAUUCAUCUCCCUUCAUUACGAAAUAAGCAGACGACUGCUGUUGGAAUCUGAAUCAGAAUCAAGAAAUGAUUUUGUGAAUAGAGAAAUUCAAAUCUUGAUAUGGAAAACGUGACAAACUGACAUCGUAUAUAAAGGACUGUUAUGUAUACUGCUGGUUUUUCACCUUGAAAUUCAUCUCAAAUACGAUUCAAGACUUUUUUUUUCUUUUUUUUCAGUAACUGUUUUUCAGUCACAGCAAAAAUUGGGAAGUUAACUGUCGAAAAUAUGAUAAUGAUAUGAAUGAAGCACAAUUAAAGAUAUAAAUUUGGGUUAACUUUUUUGAGAGGGGGUUGGGGGAGGUCGGUUAAACAUUAAAUAAAUACAUACAUUUGUAAAUGCAUGUGGUUCUAUGAAAUACAAAUGAUGAAAUAUCAUUCAGCCUGCUUAUCAUUUGACGACGAUGACGACGACGAUGAUGAUGAUGAUGAUGAAAUCUACAAUAAACUAUUUAAAUACAUUCAAUUGUCAACAUUUUAUAUCAUUAAUGUAUGAUUUUAGGAUGUUGUUUCAGUAUCGAGGUUUUAUAAUUCUUCAUCAGGCGUGGCUUGAUUUGUCAUCACUGAACUCAAUAAAUCAGAUGUUAAUUUUAA